UCCUUAUGAUGCCGGCGAUAAGCCUGUGUAUAUUACUUGGAAAUAUUUAUCACAGUUUUGAGCAGAACGACAUUGUAAAAUUCUAGGGAAUGAGUUGCUUUUCUGUUCUUACUAAGGAUUGUGUAUUUAUUGCACAUUUCUUCUUAAAAGAUAUGUGUAGUUAUAGUUAUUGUAUUUUGUAAUUUAAGUCAGAUAUCAUAAUCCCAUCACUCGGAUCUAGGCUUUAUCUGCCUCGUCAGAUGUGUUUGGGGUAUUGCAUUUCUGGUAGGAGUCGAGUUAACAUUGAAAAAAACACAAUUUCCCAAGGCAACCUGUUACCAUACCCACAUAUAAGGUCUAGUGUCAUUGCUAUUCUUGCAUAGCAUCAACUAAAACCACAUUAAAUGUACUAAGGAUCCAACUGACCUGACCUUUGCACAAAAACAAUUGGCUGAGGGCCGGGUGAUGGGAAUGACUCGUAAUGAGAUAUUGUUGUCAAGUAGCAGGUAAUGGGAAUGUCUCACCAUGAGGGUGCAAAGUUCUUGGAGGAAGAUUAGACUCAGAGGGCAUUUAGGAGGGGGUUCUUGCAUUAUUUCCACCUAUAAACAAGGGUGGAAUGUAUCAUCUGUGAGCCAUGCCUGUAAGAGCACUGGCUCCAGGGAGGACACUGUUUCCAUGGUCAGGACCCUAUUCCUGCUUACUGUGACUGGGGACAUAGGAUGUUAAAGAAAAUUGAAGAAUACAAAAAAAAGUUUUGAAAAUGAUGCAAAUAAUUUAAUGUUAUUUAUUGUUAUUGUUAUUGAUAUGUUACCUAGAGAGAUAGGAGGCAGCGCCCCCCCAUCAACCCUCCCUUUAGGCAGUUCCCGUAGCACAUCUCCAGUCACAGCAACUUAGAUUGAUGAAUAAAUUUUGUGACUUGGAGUUGGGGGCUUAGCCUCUGCUUCUGAAAGAGGAUAUUUCAGCUGCAACAAUGGAUGUGACAGACACAGAAGAAUUUUCAGAUGCAGAUAGUGCUACCGGAGAUGCAAGGAAUCGGUCUCUUAGUAUGUCUGAAAGUCAUUGUUCUGACUUCUCUGAUGCUGAUAACACAGAUUCCCGAGAUGUGAGUGAUUCUCAGUCCACUCCUCUUGGCAGUGAUCCUCUUGCACAACUUCUUGCAACUCCAGAGCAAGCAGUACGAGAAUGGACACCGGGACGAGACACAGAUGUUGACGUUGGGGAGAGUGCUGAUAUUCUUCUCCCAAAGCCAGCGACUCCACAACCCAGUAAUAAUAGAUUGGAAAGGAAGAAAGAAGGUAAAACCAGAAAAGAACAAGAAGAGGAAGAGAGAGAACGUAUGCAGGUCUUAGUCUCCAACUUUACUGAAGAUCAGCUGGACCGUUAUGAAAUGUUUAGAAGGUCAGCUUUCCCCAAGGCAGCAAUAAAAAGGGUUAUGCAGACUAUCACUGGCUGUUCUGUGUCACAGAAUGUAGUUAUUGCCAUGUCUGGUAUUGCAAAGGUCUUCGUUGGAGAGGUUUUAGAAGAAGCUUUAGAUGUAAUGGAAACUGAAGGAGAAUCUGGCCCAGUACAACCCAAGCACCUACGAGAAGCUGUGCGUCGGGUAAGACGUCGCCCAGGGCAGCACAUUCCAACCAUGAAACAGCAAAGGCCAUUGUUCAGAAUUUGAGUGUCAAAAAAACAAAUUUUUAUGCGAACCAUACAAAGAAAAAUAUACCAGAAAAGACCCUAUAUAGUUUGAGCUGACUGUCAGUUUCAGAAGAAUUAAAGAAAAUAAAAGUUCGACUCAGUUAUUGAUAUCGAAAUAAUAACUAGGUCUGUGAGGGAAUAUUCAUUAGUAGUUCUCAAUGUUAUAGUGGUUUAUAGGUAAGGUGAAAGAUGAUAAUGAAAUAUAGAUUAACCCAAUGUAGGCAGGCAUGGCAUGUACGUCCAUGUCAUGCCCACUGUGAGUUUACUUUAUUAAUUGUUUUUACACACAGAUGGCUACACUUGUAUCAAG